AUGUUCGGUAAUAAGGAGAAGAAAGAAAAGCCAGACAAAGAUGCUUUUAAAACAGCACUCACUCAAUGCAAUUUUCGACAAAUUCAGAAGCUUUUCAGUGAAUAUCAGAGUAUGACUGGUGAACCGUUGCAGGCUGGGAUUGAAAAAGUAUUUAGUGGUGAUGCCAAGAUUGCUUACUUGGCACUUGUAGAUAAUAUUCAAAAUAAACCACGCUUCUUCGCAAAGCUACUGUACGAUUCUAUGAAGGGGCUUGGCACUAUUGAUCACCAGUUGAUACGAAUUAUUGUCUCACGAUCCGAAAUUGAUUUAGCGUUGAUCCGAGAUGAGUUCGAGAAAAUGUACAAGAAAUCGUUGAUUGAUUGGAUCAAGUCGGAAUGUUCAGGACCUUAUCGUGAUGCAUUGAUUGUAAUCGUGAAAGGAAACUGA